AACACUGGCGUGUCUGUGUUUUUUUUAGAGCUGUCGCUCAGCUGAUGGUGACGCAGCGCGGCUGUAGGAGGGGACGCACGAUCGAGAGACAGAUAUAGAAGCGGGAAUAAUAACCCGCUCGGUCUAGUAAAUGACACACAGCGAGGUGAGACGAAGCGUAAGAAAAUAACGGCAUCGCGUGACACAUCGGUUAUAGUCAUCGUACAGUCUUCGCGAAGGAUCUGUGUCUGUGGCACGAGCUGUCACGCAGCGCAUUCCAGCGGCUGCCUAGGCAACAUACUUCAGCCUUGUUUAUUUAGAGAGCGGCCGAGGAGACAAAGCGCCGGUCCUCUCUGGUGGACACUUCUCAAAAAGCGGGUGCAGUGAGGACAGGAAGACAUGGUGGAUUACUAUGACAUUCUGGGAGUGUCACGCAACGCCUCUCCAGAUGACAUCAAAAAAGCAUACAGGAAGCAGGCCUUGCGGUGGCACCCAGACAAGAAUCCAGACAACAAGGAGGAGGCAGAGAGAAAAUUCAAGGAAAUUGCAGAGGCCUAUGAAGUCCUGUCAGACAGAAGUAAACGAGAAGCAUAUGAUACUUAUGGCAAAAGUGGCAUGCCAAGCUCAGGCUCUGGCGGUGGCUCUUUUCCCGAUGACUUCCCAGGAUUCACCUUCACAUUCCGCAGCCCAGAUGAGGUGUUUCGGGAGUUCUUUGGAAACCAGGAUCCAUUCGCUGACUUCUUCGAUGAUUUCUCGUUUGGCGGCAUGCACAGUGGGAUGCGCAGCGCUUUUCAUGGACACCAUGGCCCCUCCAGACUUGGGCCCAGUCGCUUCUUCUCCUUUCCCUCAGCAGAUGUUGACUUCACCACCUUUUCUUCUUCCUCACUGGGAGGCCUUGGGACUGGAGGGGGGAAUUUUAAGUCUGUGUCCACUUCCACACGGAUUGUCAAUGGGAAACGUACCACAACAAAAAAGAUCAGAGAGAAUGGGCAGGAGAGAACAGAGAUUGAGGAAGAUGGGGUUCUGAAGACUGUCCUAAUUAAUGGUGUAGAAGAUGAGAUGGCUCUAGCUCUGGAGCUCAGCCGCAGGGAGCAGUCUAGCCAGCCUCAGCGGACAGAACAGCAUCAGCUCCCUGCCAACGCUGCCCACUCCAAUCUGGCCAAUCACAACCCCCGAAACAGCACCCAGCGCUCCUUCAGCUCCACCCCUUUCUUCAAUUGCCCCAGUGACAAUGACGAGGAGGACGAAGACCUGCAGAUGGCACUGGCGUACAGCCUGUCCGAGAUGGAGGCCCAGCAGCGGGCAGCCGCCUCCACCCAGGAUAUGAUCUCAGGUGCCAGGGGAGGGCGGGGCAAGCUGCAAAAAGGGAAGGAUGCUAAUCACGAGCCCAGAUCAGUGAGGGAUGGGAUACAUGAAUCAGCACAUGAAUCAGUACAAAUCACCUGUACAUCUCCAAAGGAGAAAGGAGCAGGGAAGGAAAGAGGGGAAUUAGAAAAGAGUGCCAGCCCAGAGGGGGUUCUUUUAGAGGAUAGGAAGGGAGAAGAACGAAUUGCCAAUGGUACCGCUGUGAUGAAACGCAAGAGGAAGUGUCAGUGUGUGGUGUGUUAAGUGGGAGUUAGAAGUAAUCCUGAGUCCUAGAACAGAGGGAAGACACGCUGUUCAACACUGCUGCAUGAUACAUUCAGUAUUAACCCUGUUUAUGGCUGCUGUCUUGAGCUUAUCCCUAUCUGAAGUUUUGUGUAGCAUGUUAAUAGAGAGAUCUUUGCUUGUUUGUCACUGAGGGUAAGCCACAGUAUUAAGAAGACUUUUUUUUCUUUUAAAUUUUAGUGUGAAUAACAGGACUGGUGCCAAUUUAUCACAGAGAGGAUAGUUCUGCUAACUCAUGGGCUUUAUUUGAAGAUGUUAAUGCUUCAGAAAUGGCACAGUGAACUGAAGCAGUGUAAUAACAAAUCAUAUCUCUAUACACUAUUUGUUUCAUACUAAGUCACGUUUGGUAGAUAAUUUGGUUGGUUUGUUUACCAUUGGUUUAUUUUGUCUUACUUCUGCUAUAACAUUGAAACUGACAUGAUGCUGAACACUGAAGUAGGUUUAAAGUAUUGAUCACUUGUAUUAUUCAGAUUAUGAACUAAAAGUGGACUGGUGUCAUUAAUCAGACAUAUAAGUGUCAGUUCUGUUUACAUCUGACAUACUAUAUCUCUUAAAAGGAGGGUUAGCUGCAGAUGUGUUCUUCUAGCUUUUUUUUUUUUUUUUUUUUUUUUGCCACGGCAAUAUUUGGAGUUCUUUUCAAGAGAUAGUGUUGAAUGUGGAGAGGAAAUUUCUCAAGUGAUGAGGAAUUUCUCAAAACGAUGCUACUAUGAAUGUUUAUGAAUGUAUACUCAACAGAGUGCAAAAACAGAAUUUAGGCUGAUUCUGCCGUGUCUAAAGAUGUUUGUGCAGUAAUGGUAUGCCUCUUACACUUAAUGUUAUUCAUCAUAAUGAUGUGAUAAAUCACCCCCUCUUGUAUUUUAUACAAUCAAACUUUAGGGAAACUAAACAGCACUUAAUUCAAGUGCAGUGAAUGUAUGUUUAUGAUGAAGAUUGGAAAGUGGGAUUUUGUUAAUAAAUGUGUUGUAGACUGUAUUAGGUGUUAUUCAGAAUGAAUCAUAUGUUGGUGAUGUUCAGUGCCUUGAGAAUGUUAUAUUUGAUGUGCCAACUAUUGUCAGUGUUGCCAAAGGUGGUAGAUAUGUCCUGUUGUCACCUGCGUUUCCAUUUUUAAUUACAUAAAUGGUCAGCAGGUAUAAAGUUUUUGUAGUGCUUGCAAGUUUUUUACACAAUUCUCAGAUCAAGGGAAUAUCAGUUCUCUUAUAUGCAAUAGACACAAUGUAAAAAAAAAAAAAAGCCACAGAUCAAAAUAGAAGAAGAAGCACAUACUGUUUUCAGACAAGCAGAAUAUUGCUAUGUAAAGAGAGCCUUUUUUUAUGAGUGACAAUGUCUGUUUUAUUGAUGAAUAUAAUCUGAAAGUCUUGGAAUGGAAAGAUGAAAAGUAUUGGUAUAAUUAUAAAUAUAAUAUUUGCAUUUUAUUUUUACACUUGUGUUUAAUCAUUUUGGUUUGACAGCACUAUGAGAGAGAACAAUAAACCUCAGAGAACAAAUUUUAUAAUUGGUUAAAUAAUCUUUUGUACAAAAUGUGCUAUAUUUUGGUCACUUUAUAACACUGACAGAGAUUUUCUUUUGCUUUUGAAUUAUGUGCAACAAACAUAUCUAAUUUCCUUUUAUUAUAACUCUAAGCUUAAUUUGUUUCCUAUUUCUUUAGAUUAAAACAGAUUAUUCCUCUAGUAUGUUAUCACCAA